AUGGCCGAGCAGACCACCAAGAAGAAGUUCAAGAUUGCCGUUCUCACCUCUGGUGGAGACAGUGCAGGAAUGAACGCAGCUGUACGUGCUGUUGUCAAGGGCGGUAUCUCAAAAGGUUGUGAGAUGUGGGUUGUACGCGAAGGCUACGAAGGUCUGGUCCGAGGAAACACCGAGGCUGCACCGCCUACGGUCUCUCUGGAGUCUUGCACAGCAGGUCCAGUACCCAGUCAAGUCGCUGAACUUCCAUUUGUAAAGAAUUUGCGAUUUGGGGACGGAGAGCUGUUUAAACAGGGUGAAGGAGACGCUGAAGACCGACCCGACAAGAAGACCCUAAAAGGUCGAUACAUCGUCAAAGUAGGAUGGGAUGAUGUACGCGGUUGGAUGGGAGAGGGUGGAACCCUCAUCGGUACCGCCCGUUGUGCUGCGUUCCGUCAAGUCGAAGGGCGUAUGACCGCAGCAUACAACCUGAUCAAAGAAGGGAUUGAUGCUUUAGUGGUCUGUGGUGGAGAUGGAUCACUGACUGGAGCAGAUAGGCUGCGUGCUGAAUGGCCGGAGCUCGUCGCGGGCCUCCUUCAGCAAGGCCGAAUCACGAAAGAGCAAUCUGAGCUCUACGGGCAUUUGAAGAUAGUCGGACUUGUUGGAUCUAUCGACAAUGAUAUGGCUAUGACUGAUCUUACAAUCGGAGCUCCUACGGCACUUCACCGAAUUUGCGAAGCCAUUGAUAACAUCAACUCGACAGCCUCAUCGCACUCACGUGCAUUCGUUGUGGAAGUCAUGGGCCGCCACUGCGGAUGCGCGGGCGCCGACUUCAUUUUUAUCCCCGAAAACCCACCAGAGGCUCAUCCGUGGGAAGAGGACAUGUGCGAAAUCAUCCAACGACAUCGAAAGCAGGGCAAGCGUAAAACUAUUGUUAUCGUCGCUGAGGGAGCGCACGACCGUGAACUCAAUCCGAUCAGACCUGAAUAUGUCAAGGAAAUCCUUACUGAAAGGCUUGGGCUGGAUACUCGGGUUACCACCCUCGGACAUACGCAGCGUGGUGGUGUACCAUGUGCUUUCGACAGGGUUCUGCCGACCCUACAAGGAGUUGAAGCCGUGAAUGCACUACUGGAAGCAACCCCUGAAACACCAUCAUACAUGAUAGGCAUAAGCGAGAAUCAAAUCACUCGGAAGCCGCUGAUGGAGGCCGUUGAGCAGACACAAGCCGUGGCGAAGGCGAUUUCUGAGAAGGACUUUGUCAAAGCAAUGUCACUUCGGGACCCUGAAUUCAAAGACUACUUGGAUGCGUUCAUUCUUACCUCCGCUCUCGAUGCUGGCAUUAAACUGCCAGAACCCAAGAGAUUGCGCAUCGGAAUCAUUCACAUGGGAGCCCCUGCUGGUGGGAUGAAUGCAGCAACACGUGCCGCCGUACGUUAUUGCCUGGAGCGAGGCCAUACACCUCUCGCCAUCAACAAUGGGUUUCCUGGGCUACUUGACGAUAGCGUCACACAGCUAUCCUGGCUGAGAGUUGACAACUGGAUGACAAGAGGAGGGUCUGAACUGGGCACAAACCGCACACUACCCAAUAUUGACCUUGGCGCUGUUGCUUCCAAGUUCCAAGGUCAUCGUUUUGAUGCUUUAUUCAUGAUCGGAGGAUUUGAAGCAUUCUCAGCGCUUCUCAUCCUUGAGAAGGCACGUGAAAGUUACCCCGCUUUUAAUAUUCCAAUGGUUCAUCUCCCAGCCACAAUCAGCAAUAACGUCCCACUAACCGAAUUUAGCCUCGGAAGCGAUACUAGUCUGAACGCACUCGUCGAUGCCUGUGAUUCUAUUAAACAGAGCGCGCAGGCUAAUCGUAACCGAGUGUUCGUGGUUGAAACACAAGGGGGUCAGUGUGGAUACCUUGCCACCCUGGGUGCCUUGGCGGUCGGAGCAGCAGUGGUCUACACUCCCGAAGUUGGCAUCAACUUGGACUUACUUCGCAUGGAUCUAAACUUCUUGAAGACGCGUUAUUCAUUGGAUGUUAAAGGCAAAUCUGAGGGACGACUGGUUAUAAUGAGCGAGAAGGCGUCUAAUGUCUAUACAACUGACGUCGUGACCAAGAUUCUAGCCGAAGAAGGCCGUGGGCUCUUUGACUCUCGUUCUGCAUCUUUAGGCCAUACCCUUCAAGGGGGCAUUCCAUCACCCAUUGAUCGUGCGCGCGCCGUGAGACUUUCAAUCAAGUGCAUGAAAUUCCUCGAGCAACACGCUCUCUCCCCUUCCCGUCGCUCCCCGCCGGAAAGCGCGGCAGUAAUUACCAUUCAAGGGACAAGCAUCAAGCUCACUCCUGUUCAUGAAGUGGUUCAACAUGCUGAUAUGAAGAAACGAUAG